AUGGCGGCACUCUUGCUUUUAAAAAAAAAACAUUUAAAGUGGAAAAUAAUUGCGCAUUUUUUCCUAGAUUGUAUGGCGACGUAAAGCUUUGUUCUUGCUUCUCUAUCAAGUAGAACCUGUCUACUAUGAAUUUUACUUCAAACUACUGCAGUAACAAAGUUUUUUCCUGAGAAAUUUAAAGUUGUAGGAACAGCGUGCAAGGAAAGAUGGACAUCAACUUGUGGUUGUUUUCGUUGUUUGUGGGUUUAUUCGUACCGAGUUCCAGCCAUAAGUGCCAUCGUAACGUUGAGACAGUCUGGCUAUUUGAGGCAGGGUCAUCUCCAGUGGUAUCAAGUCCACUUCUAGCUGAUAUUAAUGGCGAUAAUGUAUUGGAUGUUGCUGUAUGUACGUUUGAAGGGCAGGUAUCUGUUUUGGAUGGCCGUACAGGCCAUGAACUACCGGGUUGGCCUGUCACAGCACCAGGACAUAAUUUCCAUGCUGCACCGUUAUUGUAUGACAUAGAUAAUGACGGCUUGAUGGAAGUAUUACUCAGUACAUCUGAUGGUAUAAUUAUGUUCUUAAAAUCAGAUGGCACACCAUUAACACAGCCAAYAUUGAAGGUUCCACCUUUGAAGGUUAAUAAGAACUGGUAUGUGAUAAGUCUGGAACAAAUACAAACCAAUGAGUUCAAUGUUGUGGAGCCAAGAUUUGCUGCUAAGCUAGCAGAUCAAUCAGAAUUCAUUUCAAAGAAAAACUCUGGAAAGAAAGAAGGACUUGCAGAUGACAUCUGGUCCUUGUACUCUACCACAUCACCACCUUCUGGCCUGUCAAAGGAUGGGUCCCAAGUGUAUGUUGACGCACAUAUUUUGUCAACUCCUGUCAUCGCCGACUUCAAUGCUGAUGGGCUGGAAAAUGAAUUGAUUGUUCCUGUGAAUUUUUACUUUGACCAAAAGAGAGUUUCUUCACACCCAAAAGAUUCUGCCUUACCAGCAAAGGAUUUAGAAAAAUACUUAGGUAGUGGUCUUGUGGUAUUCAACCUAGAUACAGGACACAUCAUUUACAGCAGUGUCUUGGAAGUCUCAAAGCGAUCUACUCAAUACCCUGGAUAUAUACUCUCAUCGCCAACAGUAGUGGAUAAUAGUAGUGUAGUCAUUGGUACCUCUGCAGGGAAUAUUUAUCUUGUAAAUAGCUCUAAACCAGAAUCACAAGUCUUGACAUCCAUGGAUAGCAUCCAAGGUCAGAUAAGUGUUGCUGAUGCUAAUGAUGAUGGUCAUCUUGAAAUGCUUACAGUAGAUGACAGUGGUAAUGUGGCAUGCAUAGACUUGACAGGGAAGAGGGUAUGGGAGAGCAGAGUAUCAGGGUCCCCCUCCACUGGCAUUCGAGUAGCUGACAUCAAUGGUGACGGACUGUUAGAUAUCAUCUUUGCAACUCAUGAUGGAUAUGUCUGGGUACUGAAUGGUGACACAGGCAAGGUUCUCUCUGGUUGGCCAAUCAAACUACCUAGUGAGAUCCGUUCAACUGUUCUUGUCACUAAGCUGAAACCUGGAGUCGGCAGUGAUCUUGAUUUGGUGAUACCUCUAUUAGAUGGCAUGCUUGCUAUCAUCAGAGGUAGUGAUCAGUGUGCAGAGUUCAUUGAUACUGGUGUCUCAGCUUUCUCUUCUGCUGUGGCAGCUAAUCUCUCGCCCUGGACAAAGGGAUUAGAGUUGGUCGUGGGUGGAGCCGAUGGUUCAGUGUUGUGUCUAGGUGAUAUUAGUAACACGACUGCGUCUGAAAGGUUACCAGAUAUGAUUUCUAGUGAGAGUCUUUUUUCCUGGACAUCAGAGACACUUCCCUGUACUGGUACCACGUUUUAUUCUGGUAAGAUUGGAGUAGCCUUCACUAGGAUGACAACACAAACCACUGAAUACCGAGGAUCAGUUUUUCCUGUUGAGUUUGAGAUAAAAGACCAGCAGGGGAAGGACCUCAGAUGGAAUCAUUACACAACUAAGAUAUUUAUUGGAAAUAAAAUAUUAGCAGUGAAUAAGACCAUUCAUAGUCCAGGAGUCUAUCAAGAGUAUGUACAAGUACCAUCUCUUCCUGGAAGGGUUGUCCUGGUAAUCAAGGUUAUCACACCUAACAAUCAAUGUUUUCAAGAUUCCUUUCACAUCAGUUUUAACGCCCAUCAACUUGAAGAUGUACACUGGUAUCUUUUGGCACCAUUUUUGACCAUGUCAUGCCUACUCAUAGUACUGUAUGGUAAUGAUCUUCCCUUGGAUGUUCUACCAACCUUCCUGAGAAAGCGUCCCAAGUAGAACAAAAGGGCAAAAACGCUAGACRUCAAGACUACACAGAGACAUCCACUUGGCCAAUGGGCUUACAGUGCAGUAAUGUACUGUUAGAAGUUUUUCCAGUUAUCUUGAGAAACACUUGUUGAAGAGUCAUGUGCUAUGUCUACUUGGUGAAUCUCUUUGAAGUUUCAUCUGCUACGUGUACAUUGAUAAGACAUGAAAGAUAGCUGUCAGGAAAGAAGAUGACAGAAAGAUGGAGAGAAGGAGGGAAAGGUAGAGGAAGAAAGGAAUUCACUUUGCCAACUGUAGUAAAAUUGUUGUCAUGACUAAUCAAUUCCAUCUGUGCCCCAAAGAUGACCAUGCUGGUAAAUUAAAACAUGGUUAAAGACCUUUUAGCAAUUACAACUCAUAUUCAAGCUGAACUUUAAGCAAAGCCAGUGUUGAAUGAAGCAAGCAUUCCAAAGCAAAGGGAUAARAGAUAUUGGGAAGCUAAAACAUGAUAAAUUAAAAGAAUUAACAUCAUCUUUUCCAUCAAAAGGGAAAGGUUUGACUAAUAUUAACAUUAAAUAAAAUAGCAGGCGAUAAUAUGGAAAAUGGACUGAAAUGUUUAUUAUCUAUUUACAGGUCAUUAUUUUUGACAAAGUUUACAACUUUCUACACGUCUUUUAUUUUAAUGUAUAAAUCUUAAUUAUUACUUAUCAGUACUAACCUAGUAUUCUUUUGUUUAGAGUGGUUUCACGUUUGCACAAUACAUGUAUACCAGUUGUAUGUACGUCACAUCAAAGGAGCUCAAUUUGGAGGAAAAAAACAAAAGAAUUUCAAUCUCAUGAGAAUUUGAAACCUAGUGCUAUUACCUCCAAAUUGAGCUGCAUUAUGAAGUGAUGCAAGGGGUCUAUAAUAUGCCUGUCAUGAAACCAUUCCAAUUUCAUGAUUUUCAACACACAUUAAUUCACUUUUAUCUACCAUGCAUAGGACAUAAAUUAUACAAUCUGCACUACACAAAAAAUGGAGUUCUUAUUUCUUUCUGAAAAAACUAGUUUAGGAAUCGUGGCUUUCAGCCAAUGAGAGCAUUAAGUUAUUUUACAGACCUUCAGCAAGGUGAAUCUAAUAUCUUGUUGCACAACUCCCUCCCUACCCUACCCUCCCAAGGAGUGCAUGGGAAUAAAUCCUCUAUAAUCAAGGACCUUUUGCAUCAUCACAUGAAUGCAAGCAUACAUGUUAGAUGUCAAAACUUGUGUAAAAUGAUCAUAUUGUUCCUGGCAUCUAACAUGGCUGGCAUCUAGCAUGGCUGCCAUCAUGUGGAUGGUGUAAAACUAUCUAUAGUCCUUCUCCACUCCUUGGAAAAUGAAGUAUGGUUAAUUACUACCUGUAGAAAUCACUAGAGUGGUAAAACGACCGUUGGAAUGCAUUGUCUCGCAGUGAUAGAUUUACAACUCGUACUAACAUCCUGUGAGCAACAUGUAAGUUAUCAGUCUUGGGCUCAGCCUAUAUUUAAUGUUCAAAACUUGUACAUUCAGUUAUUAUUUCCAUUUCCACUUGUAAGAAAGGGACAGUUUAAUGCAAUGACAUAAUUUUUCAAAUUUGAAUGUCAUUUGCUAAAGCAAUGUUUUAUUAUCAAAACAUGCUUUCACACAAUCUAUCUAUCGGGCUCAAAUAGAAAAAAUAUGCCUAUUAGGCAGACAUUGUUACAAUAACAUGAGUAAAUUUUGGCACUGCAUUUUUUGCAACUGUCAUCCCACUAAUUUCAAGCCCUAAAUCUCUAGUCACCAAAGAAAUGUCAAACCCCUCAGGACAGAAGAAUAGUGACAGAAGUAUUGUCUAGUAUUAUUCAUUGGACAAAGUUGGUCAUCACUAGUUUAAUAUGUUCAGGUUUUUUCUUGCUUGGGUGUUUCGUCUGACAUCAAUCUCUUUGGGCGACUGAAUGGAUUAUUGAAGGAUACAUUUGUUUUUUUCUUUCUUGCCAAGGAACCUUGAUAAACAAAAAAAGAAAUCAGUGAGUGAGUAAAGAACAAAAGCUGCCAA